AUGGCAAUAACCAAGUCGAGGUUCUUCUUGCCCAAGACCAAGAAGGAAGAGGACCUCAAGCUUCAGCCGCUGUCACCUCCUAGUAGCAAAGAGGACAGUUUAUUUGUAAACUCCGACGAGGAGGAACAACAGCGUGAGGAAAACACCGAUGCACAUCAAGAAGAAGCCAUCUUGCUGCAACCACGAGAAACAACCAUUUCUUUGAACAAAUUUGCCAAAGACUUGAAAGCUGUAGUGGGAGACAUUUUGCCUGUCAUCUUGGAGUAUUUGUACAACAAAUACUCCACCGAGAAGCAAAGCGUAAAGGCGGCCAUCAGUGAGCUAUUCACUAACCCGCCCGACAUUGAUGAGUUGCAACACAUGAAAAAAGACUCAACGACGACGACGCGUCUACUGCAGCUGCCGAGCCCUUUAUCCACCGCAGCACAGUCACCGGCUCUUGGCAAUGACGCACCAGCAAAGCGAAAGAUGGACGCGCUUGAAGAGUUGGAAAAGCUGAACAAAAGGAUGCAGAUGGCAUCUCUGUUUAAAAAGGGGGAGAUUGAGCAGCAAUCGUGGAUGAAAAGUUUGGGAACAAUCGAAGUCCAGGCGUGGGCCACUCGUCCCACUAUAAAGCCGUUGAAGUUUCUGGAUCUUCUCACCGUGAAGCGACUAAUACCACGAAACUCAUCGAUGCAAAAAAGCUCAAUCAUACGACUAUGUCUCAAUGAGCGCGAAAUCGGGAGGUUGCCCGAAGAUUUGACUAGGAUAUUUAGUCCCUUGAUUGAUUUAAAUAUAGCGCACUUUAAUGUAACUGUUAUGGAGAAUAUGAAACGCCGGUUAUCCACUGGCGAUUCGUUCUUGGUACUGAUUGAAGUCUUGUUGAAGAAUAGUGCAUUUGUCAAAAAUAUAAAUGCUUUGGAACAAACACCGGUCAAGAAAGGCACAGGGUUUAGUUUUGCAACUGAGAGUGAGGGCGAAGCUGCCAUGAGAUUAAGACAAUUUGCCGUGGCUAAUUUGUUUGACAGGCUAAAGCUCAGGCCAUUGAAGUUGGAUAGUGAGGGCAAGACUGAGGAUGAUCAAGCGGCGUCGCAAGUUGCUGAAACAGAAGCAGGUGCGGCAGCAGAUGCAAAAGCGGAAGCAGAUGCAGAAGCAGAUGCAGAUGCCGAUUCGGAGGUUGAGGAGCCAGUCGACAAAGUCAAUCUUGAUCAACUAAGACAAUUUUAUCAAGCAAACAACCAGUCAAAGUUGUUGGAAAGUUUGCCCGAAACAACAGAGCCACCAGAGGAAAAUUUCAAGCUCCAGCUAAGAGACUAUCAGAAGCAUGGACUUUCAUGGAUGCUAGCUCGAGAAAAAGAGUUGGACGUGUUGGACACGUUAUCUGGCGACGACGACAAAUUAUCUGCUGAAUCCAGAAAAAAUAUUGAUGAAACAGGGAUGGUGAACCCGCUUUGGAGGAAAUACAAAUGGCCCGGUGCUGCAGUAGUAAGCCUGCAGAAAAUCGAGCUUACCCAACUUUCUCCUUCGUCAACGCAAAACCAAGCCGACAAUGGUUGCAAAUUUUUUUAUGCCAAUUUGUACAACGGAGAACUCUCUUUGGAGAAACCUGUCAUCAGGACCAGCGUCAAGGGUGGGAUUUUGGCAGACGAGAUGGGGUUGGGCAAGACCAUUGCAACAUUGGCGUUGGUGAACUCGGUCCCUUACGAUACUAGCGAGGCAAACUGCAAAGCCAAUUGCCGGUACGCGUCGAAAACUACAUUGAUCAUAGUGCCCAUGUCCUUGCUUUCCCAAUGGAAGGAGGAGUUUGAAAAGGCAAACAACAACACUGCAAAUCACGUUUGCCAUUUGUAUUAUGGCGACGAGACAUCGCUAGACUUGUCGAGAAAGCUUUGCAAUUUGGAUGCGUCUUUGAAUAAUAAUAAUAACAAUAAUAAGAAAAUCCCGAUUGUUGUAAUCACCACAUAUGGUACAGUUUUGAAUGAAUUCACGAGGCUCUCGAAACAGAGAAAUUUUCAAGGCGAAUUGCCCAAAAUCGGCUUGUAUUCCGUCAAGUUUUUCCGAAUAAUCUUGGACGAAGGCCACAAUAUCCGGAAUAGAAGCACCAAGACGGCAAAGUCAGUUUACGAGUUGCAGCUGAGCAGGAAAUGGGUGCUUACGGGAACUCCAAUAGUCAAUCGCUUGGACGAUUUAUAUUCGCUAGUCAAGUUUUUGGAACUCGACCCUUGGAACAAUUUUUCCUAUUGGAAGACGUUUGUCACCAUGCCCUUUGAGCAGAAAAAGAUUCUGCAGACUUUGGACGUGAUCAAAUCCAUAUUGGAGCCGAUUUUUUUGAGGAGAACCAAAAAUCAAAAAAAGAAUGGCAAACCUUUGGUUCAGUUGCCCGAAAAACAGGUGGUGAUUGAGGAGAUCAAAUUUAACGAACAGGAGGCAAAACUAUACCAGUGGUUUAAAAUGAAGGCUUACGAGUCGUUUGCCGAAGGUGUCAAGUCUGGCCAGUUGUUGCGCCAGUACACGCAAAUUUUGACCCACAUUUUGAGAUUGAGACAAGUUUGUUGUCAUGUGGAUCUCAUUGGUGGAGCUCACGAAAUGGACGAUGAGGUGAUUGACCUCGAGUCAGACGAGCAGAUGAAGAAAUUCUUGCUUGAACUCAAAGAACAGCAGGCCAAAUUUCUCAACGAUACCGAAGUAAAAGAAACCAUUUACAAACUUUAUGAGCACGUCAAGGAGGAGAACGAGUGUUCCAUUUGUACGACAUCUCCGAUUCCUCGCAACGAGCUAGCAUUGACCCCCUGCGGUCACACUUUUUGCAUAUCGUGCAUCUUGGAACACUUGGAUUUCCAAUCCGAGUUGCGCAAGCAGAAACUCUGUCCCAAUUGCCGAGAGCCCAUUUCCAAGUACAAGUUGUUCAAGUUGAGGCAGCAAAAGACCACCAGUAACGAAAUCCGAUUUCAUACCCAACAACGAGACCAUAAGCAAGAUUAUCCGUUUCAAAUAUACUUGUAUGAUCCCAACCGGUCUAGUUCGAAAAUCCAGGCCCUUACACGCCACCUCAAGCAGCUUCAACAACAAGCGGCCAAUCUGAAAGUUAUUGUCUUUUCGCAAUUUGCCUCGUAUUUGGAUAUCAUCGAGGCCGAGUUGAAACUUACUUCGGAUAAUCAUUUCAAUGUUUACAAAUUUGACGGCAGGUUGAACAUGAAUGAACGGUCCAAGCUCCUUAACGCAUUUAACGAACCCGUCACCAAUGGCAAAAUCUCAGUGUUGUUGCUAAGCUUGAAAGCCGGUGGUGUGGGCUUGAAUUUGACUACUGCGUCCAGAGCAUUCAUGAUGGACCCCUGGUGGAGUCCAAGUAUCGAAGACCAAGCCAUUGACCGGAUUCAUCGUAUUGGCCAGAAUGAAACUGUCAAGGUUGUCAGAUUUAUAAUGGAGAACAGCAUCGAGACCAAGAUGUUGAAGAUCCAGGAGAGGAAGAAACAAAUUGGCGAAGCUGUUGGCGUUGAGGAAGAAGAACGACGCAAGAGACGUAUUGAAGAGAUUCAAAUCUUGUUUGAAGAAUAG